AUUGUUGGAGUGACCACCUCUUCCUCUUGCACCAGCGCCACCACGCCCCCGCUGGUUCCAAGUCCCGCGACCACCUUGGCUGUGGUAAGAGCGACCGCGAUUGCCACGCCCUCGAUCCCUCCAUGUCCCUUGCAUGGCAUAGCCGCUGGUGCUGUCAUCACCUCCGCGCAGUGUAUAGCGACGAAAAUCUUCUUCCAGAAUCUUGGUGCGAAUCCACUCCAAUGUCCAUUGACUUUGGUUUUGUGGCAAGCUGAGUCCGCUUAUA